AUGUUCGCUACACUCAUUACCGUCGCUCUCUUCUCCACCCUCACCAUCCAGGGAGCUCAAGCUCAAGGCCUUUCCAUCGAUACCCCCACCAUUGCCCAGUGUCAGGCAGUCACUGUGACAUGGACCAGCACGAACAACCCCCCCUACAACCUCGUUGUCGUCAACUCCGAUGACCCGUGCGGUGACGCAAUUGACGAUCUUGGUGACUAUAAUGGCCUAGCCACGAACUGGACCGUCAAUGUUCCUGCUGGUAUGAGUGUGACGUUCUCCUUAAUGGACUCGCAGGGUGAUGAAGCUUGGAGCGGUGAUAUGGUCGUCGGGCAGAGCGACGAUGCGUCCUGCUUGUCCGCCAACUCCUCUGUCUCAUCCGCUUCAUCUGGGAGUUCGAGUGCCAGCGUCGAUAGCAGCGCUAUACCAGCUGCGGCUGAGGCUAAGACCACCCUAUACGUCUCCCCCAGCUUCGCUGAGCCCACCGCCUCGAGCCACUCCGCAUCGGCUUCCUCUUCCGCCGCAGUUCCCGUCGGUGCUGCCAAUGCAGGCACUAACCCCACCAACUCCGCCGGAUACAGCAUGCGCGAGUACAGCGCUCCCAUUAUGGUGCUCAGUGCCAUUGCCGCCAUAGCGCUGUCGCUCUAA